AUGCCAGGAAAUCUCACUCAUCCAAACACCUUCUCUUACAAUCUUCUGAACAAUCUUGGGCAACUCCAAGGGUCUAUGCCCAUUGCUCGUGUAGGAGGCAACACACAAGACAUUGCAAUCUUUGAUGCCUCACAANAGACUGGUCUCGUCGGCGUCAUCCGCCCUAACAUCUCAGCCGACUACCCAACCAUCAUCACUAUCGGUCCUUCCUUUNUUGAUUCAUAUAAAACCAUGCCCAACGGAACGAGAUACACCCACGGUUUUAAUCUAGGCGCCAACUCCUCGGCCGCCAGAGAAGCUACUUUUGCCUCUGCAGCCUACGCCUGCAAAGCCAUCGGAGACAACCUCGAUUUUUGGGAAUACGGCAACGAACCCGAUCUCUUCGUUGCAUCAGGAUACCGCCCUUCCAACUACUCCGAGGCCGAAUAUGUCUCAGAAUGGCUGAAUGGAACCUCGCACAUUGCGCAAGUGGUUCAGCAAACUUGUCCCUCCUUGCACACGAAACUCAUGGCGCCGAGUUUUGCAGGCGUGGGUGCUAAUGGCUUUAAUACUCUCGACCCAGUCAAAGUAUUUCAAGGAGACCUGAAUGCAGACAACAAUAUCGGCAUCAUUUCUUCUCACAACUAUAUGGGUGUUUCCACUUUUCCUGGCAUCACUUUACAAGGCACACUCAUGAAUCACACCAAUGUGAUUGCAAAAGCUGAAGCCCAAGUCAACUNNUACCAAUCCUGGCAACCCAUCCAAACGAACCUUACAGACAAGGGCACCAAACCUCCUUACUACGGCAACCUCGCUGUAGCAGCUAUGAUGGCAAAACCCUCUGCUUCCUCUGUCCUGAAGAUCUCUCACCUCGAAGCUUCAUCGCAGAAUACUUCCUUCUAUACUGCUCACAUCGAUGAAGUUCUCUCACGUAUUCUGAUCGUUGACUUGCACACCUACAACACGACCGCAAACAACUAUACCACUGGCUUCCGGCGUCCGAUGGUGGAGCACGAAUUCAUGCUGCCGAGGGNNGGGUGUAAAGGCGGUCAGGUACAAAGAUUGAUGGCCAAUGGCAGCGAUGCAGUUACAGGAAUUACUUGGGAUGCAAAGAGCUAUGCCUACGAACUCGACAACGGCAAAGGAGUCAGACUGCCCAACGUCACUUGCGGCGAAAGCAUCAAGGUGGACAGAAAAGGUGGUCUGAAGGUACAAGUGCCGUGGAGCAGUGCGGCGAUUGUUGAUUUGAAGUGUUAG